AUGUUGAGUAAAUAUAAUAACAAGCCUGAGACAUCACAUUGGCUAGCUUUGAAACGAGUCAUGCGCUAUUUAAAAGGCACUGAAGAUUGUAAAAUGACUUUUAAACAAGAUUUAGAUGAGAACAUGACUCAUGGUUUCUGUGAUGCAGACUGGGCCAGCUCAGAAGAUGACCGACGUUCCUGCACUGGUUAUUCUUUUAUGUUUCAGGGAGGAACAAUUUCCUGGAAUUCUAAACGUCAGCCUACUGUGGCUCUGUCUACCACUGAGGCAGAGUAUAUGUCGUUGUCGUCGUGUGUGCAAGAGGCUAUGUGGUUAAAACAGCUUCAAGAAUGUUUUUGGCCGGAGCUCAAACAUCAAGCAAUGAUAAUCUACAGCGAUAAUCAGAGUUCUAUAAAACUUUCAGGUACUGAUGGUUAUCAUUCCAGGACCAAGCACAUAGAUGUCAGGCACCAUUUUGUGCGUGAUAAAGUUAUGGAAGGACACAUUGAUGUGCAGUAUGUACAGACGGACAUGAUGGUAGCUGAUGCGCUCACCAAGGCAACACCAUAUAGAAAACUGAGAUAUUGUGCGUCCAAGAUGGGAUUGAUGUUUUAG